AGGAUUCCUGUGACACCAUCACAUACACUGCCGAGUCAGACAUCUCCGUGAUUUCAUUUUACGCCUCUCACAUCAUCACCGCCGGCGGCUUAGGCGGUUGCGUGAUGUUUAACGACGAGGCGCUGAAGAGGAAAGCGCUGAUGUUUCGAGAUUGGGGCCGCAUUGGCAACAAUUCCGAGGACAUGUCGGAGCGCUUCGGGCAUAGUGUCGAUGGCAUCGAGUAUGACUUCAAGUUUCUCUAUGGAUGCAUAGGUUGGAACAUGAAGGCCUGCGAAAUGAAUGCAGCCUUCGGCUUGGCUCAGUUGCAAAAACUCGAGCGCUUCAAGGCGAUUCGCAGGAGGAACAUCGCAAGAUAUUGCGAGAACCUGCGGAAAGCGCAGACUCGCUAUGUCCUCCCACACGAGGCAGAUCAAUUCGAUUGGUUAGCCAUGCCCUUGUUGUACCAUGACCGCAAGGGCGUGCUGCGCUACUUGGAGAGCAACGAGGUGCAGAUUCGCGUCUUCUUCGCAGGCAACAUUACUCGACACCCCGCGUACCGGCACUACUUGCAAGCCUUCCCCGGCGCAGAUCAAGUGAUGAAGGAAGGCUUCCUUAUCGGCGCCCAUCAUGGUUUGGAGUUGUCGGACGUGGACCGCGUUUGCGAGCUGCUGAUCAUGUACGAUCGAGCGAACGGGGAUGUCAUUGGCAUGACUUCCAAAGUGGAUCAGGAUCGCGAUUCGGUGAGUCUCGAUCUCUGACGCCCAACGUGGCGCUCGGCGAAAGAGGUAGCGGCCAUAGCGAGGUGCAAUGACGAGGUCACUGGCCAACCGAAAACCGAG